GGAAUGUUUUUCCACAAGGCAAAGCUUCUCGUUAACUGUCUUUCAACAAAUAACAGCAAAUUAUUAUUAAAAAUUAGAAUGGUUUCUUUGGAAAGUGUAGUUGUUGCUGCUUUGGAGGAUGAUGAAAGAAGGAGUCAACUUAGCUACAAAAAGAUUAAAAAAGAAGCUUUAGCGCCCGUUUUUGGGUCGGAAGGUGCUGCUGGUGCAGAUUUACAUAGUGCCGAGGAAUGUGUUGUUCCGGCUAAAGGCAAGUAUUUGGUGCCAACUGGAAUUCAAAUCGCUCUGCCUGAGGGGUGCUAUGGAAGAAUCGCUCCACGUUCUGGACUUGCUUCAAAAAACUUUAUUGAUGUGGGUGCUGGUGUAAUCGAUCCGGAUUAUCGUGGCGAACUUAAAGUUUUGCUUUUCAACUUUUCGGAUGCUGAUUUUAAGAUUUCUGUUGGUGAUCGUAUUGCUCAACUUGUUUGCACGCCGUUUAUAAAACCUGAACUUGUUGAAGUAACUAAUCUUGAUGAAACUGACCGUGGAGAUAAUGGCUUUGGUUCUACUGGGAUUUCAAGUUAUUGA